CGCUGUGCAGCCGCCUCGCUCGCUGGCUCGCUGGCUCAUUCCCUCCGGGAGCCAGGCUCUGAGUCCGAGCGCACACUGUGCUGGGAGAGGGAAGGAGAAGACCCGCGCCCCGAGCUCGGGGAAGGCGGAGCCAGGGGCCGCGCCGACCGCCAAGUCUGCAUCUGGAGGAGGAAGCAGCGUCUCGUAGCUGCUGGGCUUCGGUGGCCGGAGGACUGGCAGGGAAAGGAAGGGGAAAGCGGGGACACAGACACACAGACACACACACGCACGCACACACACACUCACACACACCCCGCGGCCGCGGCGCGCGCGCAUUGCACACUCGCAGCCGCGCGCCCCCGCCGAGGCGCGUCCAGGGUGAGUUUGGCCGAGCCAGGGCUCGGCUCUCCCACCCCCGGCUCCGCUUCUCCUCCCCACCCCACCACUCCCCUCCCCCGACACCUGCCCGCCGCCUCCCGGCGCGGCCCCCGGCCCCGCCCCUCGCGGCCGAAGCUCGCCCCGUGUCCCGGAGAAGCCACAACAUCCCGACAACUUACAGGCUGUGGCGCAACUGGUCUCGACCGCCGAGGCUCCUGGAGGCUGCCUGGGUGAGCUAUGAGAAUAAAUGGAACCGGUUAACCCUUGACAGUACGGUUGCCUCAAAGUUCAGUGACAUGACAUAAAGGGAACCUGGGAAAGAAAACAGUUUCCAUAAUGAAUAGGCUACAUGCAAGUACCAACAACAGAUGACUUACCAUUUCCUAGACAAAGAUGUCGUCAGCUGCUGAAAAUGGGGAUGCAGCACCUGCCAGACAAAAUGAAGAGAAAACCUACAAAAAGACUGCAUCAUCUGCUAUUAAAGGCGCUAUCCAGCUGGGAAUUGGCUACACAGUGGGGAACCUCACAUCCAAGCCAGAACGAGAUGUUCUUAUGCAAGAUUUCUACGUAGUAGAAAGUGUAUUCCUACCCAGUGAAGGGAGCAAUCUGACCCCAGCACAUCACUACCCAGACUUUAGAUUCAAGACAUAUGCUCCACUAGCAUUCCGGUACUUCAGAGAACUUUUUGGUAUCAAGCCUGACGAUUACUUGUACUCCAUCUGCAGUGAACCUCUCAUAGAGCUCUCCAACCCUGGAGCCAGUGGCUCAUUGUUUUUUGUAACUAGUGAUGAUGAAUUUAUCAUCAAGACUGUUCAGCAUAAAGAAGCAGAGUUCCUUCAGAAGCUACUACCGGGCUACUAUAUGAAUUUAAACCAGAAUCCAAGGACUCUUUUGCCUAAGUUCUACGGCCUGUACUGCAUGCAGUCCGGAGGCAUCAACAUCCGGAUUGUGGUGAUGAACAACGUCCUGCCGCGGGCCAUGAGGAUGCACUUUACAUAUGACUUGAAAGGUUCAACCUAUAAGCGAAGGGCAUCCCGAAAAGAGAGAGAGAAAUCUAACCCCACAUUUAAGGACCUGGAUUUCCUGCAAGAUAUGCACGAAGGGUUGUACUUUGAUACAGAGACGUACAAUGCACUCAUGAAAACACUUCAGAGAGACUGUCGGGUGCUAGAAAGCUUCAAGAUCAUGGACUACAGCCUUUUGCUAGGUAUCCAUGUUUUGGACCAUUCUCUUAAAGACAAAGAAGAGGAACCUACCCAAAACAUGCCGGAUGCAAAGCGACCUGGGAUGCAGAAAGUGCUGUACUCAACAGCCAUGGAAUCUAUCCAGGGUCCAGGGAAAUCUGGAGAUGGGAUCAUAGCAGAGAACCCAGACACAAUGGGAGGCAUUCCAGCUAAAAGCCAUAAGGGAGAAAAACUACUUUUAUUUAUGGGCAUUAUUGACAUUCUACAAUCAUAUAGGUUAAUGAAGAAGCUGGAACAUUCCUGGAAAGCUCUUGUUUAUGAUGGGGACACUGUUUCGGUUCAUAGACCAAGUUUCUAUGCAGACCGAUUUCUAAAGUUUAUGAAUUCCAGAGUUUUCAAGAAAAUUCAAGCUUUGAAGGCUUCCCCUUCUAAGAAACGAUGCAAUUCUAUCGCUGCCUUAAAGGCGACCUCUCAGGAGAUUGUGUCGUCCCUCAGCCAAGAAUGGAAGGAUGAGAAGCGCGAUUUGCUGACCGAAGGACAAAGUUUUAGCAGCCUCGAUGAAGAAGCUCUAGGAUCCCGACAUAGACCAGACCUGGUACCUAGCACUCCAUCACUGUUUGAAGCUGCUUCCUUAGCAACCACAAUUUCAUCUUCUUCUUUAUAUGUCAGCGAGCACUGUCCACACGACAGGUCUACGCUUUAUUCCAACAGUAAAGGACUACCUUCCAGUUCAACCUUUACCCUGGAGGAGGGGACCAUCUACUUGACUGCUGAGCCACAUGCUCUCGAAAUGCAGGAUGAUAAUGUCUCUGUGCUAGAUGUCUAUUUAUAAGCACAUCAAUGAGACAUGAAUGCAGUUGUAAGAAGGAAGUCUGUCCAUUCCAGAAUUCUCCACAGGAACUUGGCUGAGUCCCAGUACACACAGAGUGAAAAUCAACUAGACUUAAGAGUCUGUUCCAUGUCAAGGGAGCCCUGGUCCGUAGGCUGAGUUGUGAAUGGGAUGUGAAAACACCACACUAUUCUAUCACUUGCUGUUGCUUGCUGACUUCGAAGAGCUGCAUGAACUCUAAUGACCUGCUUUCUAGACCAUUGCCAAUCACCUUCCGGAAGUGCUAUUUUCCUAUGGACACUUGCACAUUUUCAUUUCGCAUGUAUCCAGUGAUUGCACAUAAGCAACCUAAGUAACCUGCUUCGAUAUUUUUUAAUCCAUUCAGACAACAUGAUAAAGUAUAAAUUCUCUCUCUCUUUUUUUGCAAAAUUAGAAUCAUAGCCCAUAUCAUUGAAAGUUUAAAUCGAUUUCUUUGAAAGAUCAGAGUCCUAGGUCAGUCUGCCUCUACUUUAUAGGAAAUGAGCUUCUUCUAUAAAGGCUUUUCACCAUUUACCAGUGAAAUGAGAAGAGCUAAGCUAUUUAUAAAAGGCCUUACAUCGUGUACAUAUGUUGACUUUGAAAUAUUUGUGAUUUAGUUUAUUGCUUGUAAAAGAGAAAUUAUAUAAUUUAUUUAGUAAAUAUGACUGUAAACUAUAGUUUUAUUGAAGGAAAUAAAAUAUUUUGUUCUCAAU